AUGCUAUCCAAAGGUUUUAACAGAAAUCUAUCUAUUAAUUCAUUUUUACUUAUUCAUUUCAAGGGAAUCAUACUCUCUUUUUACCUUCUCCCUGUCUUUACUUCUCUACCCCUUCAAUCUACUCCUCUCACUCUCUCUCUUUUUCGGUCUAUCUAUCUAUCUAUCUAUCUAUCUAUCUAUCUAUCUAUCUAUCUAUCUAUCUAUCUCUCCUUCACUACCCUUUAUUUCAUUCUAUUUUCCUCUCCUUCCCAAAUACCUUUCUGCUGGUUUCUAUUUUUCAAUUCUCACUUUCUCCUCUCCUGUUUUUUUCCCUACACUCACCAUCACUUCCAUACACCCUCACUACUUUUCUCUCCUUCCCUACCCCUACUCUUCAAUAUCUCCACUAUCUGUUCAUUAACCUUUCUCUUCACCUCUUUACUUCUCUCAUCUACCCACUCUCAUUUUCUCUUCUUUAAUAAUCUUUCUCUCCCCUCAAUAUAA